CAGGAAGUGCGGUUGCGCCUGUCUGUCCAUAGAUGAGACGAGGAGGGAAGAAAAUGCUAGAAAGGGCCACGGAUAAUGCAACGCUAAAUAAACACAGUGUGUCUUAAGGACAGAGCACAGAUCUACAUUUGACCAAUACAGGGAAACGGAGCUGUUUGUGACCGACUGUGAACGAGAGAAAACUGACCAGAUCACUGUGACCAACAGUCCACACCCAUAACAUCUCCUUCAUCAGAGAAUACAAGCUCACAUUCCAAGACUUACAAACGCAAAUAUGAACACUCACGAGUCUGAGGUGUACACGGUGGCGCCGGAGAUGCCGGCGAUGUUUGACGGCAUGAAGUUGGCGGCGGUGGCCACCGUUCUCUACAUCAUCGUCCGGUGUCUAAACUUGAAAAGUCCCACAGCUCCACCGGACCUCACUUACCAGGAUACAGCACUCAACCGCUUUCUGCUCAAGUCCUGUCCUAUUCUGACCAAAGAGUACAUUCCUCCUCUACUAUGGGGUAAAAGCGGUCAUCUGCAGACGGCCCUCUAUGGAAAGUUGGGUCGGGUCAGUUCACCACACCCGUUCGGCCUGCGCAAAUAUCUGCCCAUGCAGGACGGGGCCACAGCAACUUUUGACCUCUUUGAACCCCUGGCGGAUCAUCAGUCCGGAGAGGACGUCACCAUGGUCAUCUGUCCUGGCAUUGGGAACCACAGUGAAAAGCACUAUAUCCGCACAUUUGUGGACUAUUCGCAGAAACAGGGCUACCGCUGUGCUGUGCUCAAUCACCUCGGGGCCUUGCCGAACAUUGAGCUUACCUCCCCUCGCAUGUUCACCUAUGGUUGUACAUGGGAGUUUGCAGCAAUGGUGGGCUUCAUCAAAAAGACGCACCCCCAGACCAAACUUAUUGUUGUGGGCUUCAGUCUCGGGGGAAAUAUCGUUUGCAAGUUCCUCGGAGAGAACCGAACCAACCAGGAGCGGGUUCUGUGCUGUGUGAGCGUGUGCCAGGGCUACAGUGCACUAAGGGCUCAGGAGACAUUUCUGCAGUGGGACCAGUGCCGUCGUUUCUAUAACUUCCUGAUGGCUGACAACAUGAAGAAGAUCAUUUUGUCUCACAGGGGCGUGUUAUUUGGAGUGGGCUCCACUAAAAUGGUGGACGCGGAUCUGAGCCGGCUCUACACUGCCACAUCUCUCAUGCAGAUCGAUGACAACAUCAUGAGAAAAUUCCAUGGGCACAACUCUCUGAAGGAGUACUACGAGAAGGAGAGCUGUGUUCAUUACAUUCAUAAUAUUUAUGUGCCUCUGCUGCUGGUGAACUCUGGUGACGAUCCGCUCGUGCACAACUCACUGCUCACCAUUCCUCGAACACUCGCAGAAAAGAAAGAAAACGUGAUCUUCGCUCUGACGCUGCACGGUGGACACCUGGGUUUCUUUGAGGGCGCUGUGCUGUUCCCUCAGCCCCUCACCUGGAUGGACAAGGUCAUUGUGGGCUACGCCAAUACCAUCUGCCAGUGGGAGAAACAAAAACCACCGUGCCAAAGUCGAGGCGCCCAUUCCAACGAAACCAAAUGCCAAGACAGUAAAUCCUAACCGAGCCCGUCUCCGUUUCACCUCCACGUGACAUUUUCACCGUACACACGAGGGGUCGGACCACCAUCUUCAAGCGUUCACUGUCAGUGGGAAUAUUUGUUUCUCUUUUUAUCACGGUUUAUCAACAUGAAUCGUAAUGACUUUCCACAGGAGAAAACAAUGCUACUCGAUGACCAAAAAAACAAUCAAAUAACCUGUGUAGCGAGGGCAACGUUUUAGAUUUACUGUAGUUUGUAGUUAUUUAGAUACAAUCAGUAUCUCUUGCUCUCUAAUUAGGACACUGAAAACUGAAAGUUUUGUCACUGCUAAACAGGAUCUAGCAGAGCUGGGUGAAUCUCACAAAAAUGAUAAUAUUUUGCAUAAAUUAAAUGAAGCAUACUUUUGAGACAAUUAAAAUAUUCAGCGUUUUAACUCAAAUGUAAGCACAUUUCUCAAUAGGUAAUUAUUUGGUAAAUUUUAGUUCGGUUAUUUUCCUUAAUUUCAGUGGUGAGCUUCAUGCUCUUACUGUGUUGCACUAACUGUAAUACAAUAAAUCAACAGUAAUGAAAGGCAGUGCAACAAAUAAACAUUAUUAUUUUAGGAUAAUGAGAACAAAUGUGCAGUGGUCCUCAAAAUAAGCUUAAUUUUUAAGCUAAAAAAAAAUUCCCUUCUUUCAUUGGUUUUUGGAUUGAAAUAUGAUCUAGACAUGUUCUUGUGAGAUUCACCCAGCUGGCUUAUUAAAACGACACACGAACCUUACUGUACAUAACACAUGAGUUUAUGGGAAGUGAGUGUUAUGCAGGCACUAUGUGCUUAUUGAUACGACCGGCGCGCUGUUUGAGUGAAUACUGUCAUUUGAUAUUUGAGUUUUUGGUCUGGUAACCGUUUAAGCACAGGCUAGCAUUCAUGUCACUCGUAUUUUAAAACUAACUAGACCUUCUCAAGUAUACUGUAGUGUGACACUUCAUUAUUCAUGAAGCCUUGUUGAUUGAAUGCAAGUCACAUUCCUAGUCGAUGCAUUUUUGUUUAGCACUUUUAUAUGACGUUUGCCAUACGAUCUGUUAUGUCGUCAUUUAGCGAUUACAGAGACUAGCCGACAACGUUAAAUCUAGAAAUGAGAAAGGACAAAAAGAGGGAGAGAGGAAGCCUUGAAUGAACUCCAUGAUCCCUCGUGAUUACCAAAACGCCUCAUUUGCGGGCCGUCCCACAAGCACUACGACCCAGUUUUAGAUGGCAAAUCCCAUUCCGCUGAAGAACAGCACACGCUGUUGCUGCAGUAUUGACUGGUGUUUGUGGAGAACCAUUGAAGUUGGUAGAUCUAGAUUGUGUAACAUGUUUAUUUGGGACCCAGUGGGAGACAACAGUGCACUUCAUGGUGCACGUCGGUGAAAACUGGUUACUUAAAGGGAUAUGUGCUGUAGUACUGUUUUAGGUUUUUUUUUUUUUCUUUAUCUUGUUCAUUUUUAUUUCGCUGUUUUGUGCAAUUACUUGAUGCGUUUAUGUGUUUCUUUAUUGUUGAAAUCAAGACUUGUCUGAAAUGGAACUGAUCUUCUUGUUGCCCAUUUAAAGAAUCUAAUGCAGAGGGGAAAAUAUAUAAGUGUAAAUUUAAAGUGUUGUUUCCAAAGGCUCAUGCGGACUUUAACAAAGCAGUUUAGUGCAGUUAGACUUGCUUUGUUUCAGGGAAGCCAUCAUACAUUAAAAAAAAAAAAUCUCACAAAAUGGCCUGGUAAUAUUUCACCACACAAUUAAAAAAAAAAAAUUAAAAUUGCAUUUUGUUUUAAGAAAAUACUUCAUAUUUGUAGGACUUGGAAGCAGUUGUCGUCAUUUUCAUGACAAUUAGGCAUAUUUUUCUUCCCACUUUACUUUGUAUUCCUCAAUAUGUCUCCAAUAAGUUCUCAUUUUUGUAACUAAUUUUCUUACAGUAAAAACUAUAUAUCUUCAUUUUUGUAACUAAUUUUCUUACAGUAAAACUAUAUAUAUGAGAAUGAGAAAUUGUUGGGAGAUAUAUUGAGAAAUACAAGGUAAAGUAUAUAUGAAGAAGUGUUCAUUUGCAAAAACGGAUAACUCCAUUUUUAACAAUUCUCAAAAAUCAUGUUUUUUCAUUGUGCAUUCCAAUUAAUCUGUCAAACUGCAGUUGUGUGUUUUUUUUUUUUGUUUUUUUUUACUAGGUUACAAAAUAACUAAAAAACAGCUAACUAACAAUAAAACACAUUACAAACAUGAUUACAUAUAAUAAAAAACAUGAUUUUUUUUAAAACACUAUAUAAUGUUUUUGGGACAUUUAUGGGAUGAAAUAUUACUCUGCCGUUUCUGGACAUGUUUUGUGAGAUUCUAUAAUCUUUAUUAGUUUAUUAUCAUGCUGCAGCUGUGGAAGAAAAUGUAUUAUUUGUGUUUCCAAGGGAAAAAAACUGAAAAAGCCACUCGAUAAUCAAAAAAACAAUCAAAUAACCUAUGUAACAUUUAUUAUACAUGACAGUUGAGUAAAGUUUGUCACUGAUUGCUGAAAACUGUCAUGUGUUGUGAACUAUGUGCAUUUAUAACAUACAUAAUUGCCUUCAUUAUUAGUGUUUAGCCAUCAAUAUUGAUGCAUCUUCUUAAAGAAGAAAGUGUCCCUUUCAUUGUUACAUGUGUCAAAAGGCUUUUUAGCAGUUAGCAGUUGAAAGACGCCCCCUGUGGGUUAUGAGGUGGAACGGUUUAUAAAAUCCCAUCCAGAUAUGUAGUAUUUGUUGGUUGCGAGAAGGAGUUUACCUCCCCUCUGUUAGGUUUUGUUCUGUUUUGUUAGUCUCUGUAUUCAAUGAAGCUGUUCUUGUCUUAUGAAUCUUUGGAAAACAGCAAAAUGGUGUUGUAAACGGGAGUCUAAACGCUCCUGGUUGAGUGUCAGUGUUCAGCUGUUUUAUUUGGCCUUUUGCACCAGCACAAAUUCAGUCUUUGCUGUAAGUCGAUCCAGUUUGCCUUUUAGAAUGUCUCCCACUUACUUUUUGCACAGAAAACUUGGGCUUAUGUUGUACAUCCUCUACAAACAUUAACCAAAAUUUUGUUUGUUGUUUGUUUUUGUAUUUUACAUUUAAUUUCAAUGUUGUUUUUGUUCUCUUAUGUACAAAAGUAUGAUUGUAAAUGAGUGUAUGUGAAUGUUUGCAUCAUAUCACCACAUCUGCUCGUGAAAACUACCAACAAAUUCAAUUUGGCAGGUAAAAAGAUAAAAGCGUUUAGUUGUUAUAUAAUGAUGGUUUAUGGAAACCAGGGAACUUUAAUUUGUUUGACGAUCAGCAAUAACACAUUGAAUUUUUUUCUCUUUUUCUCCACGCCAAACUGAGAUGAAUAGCUCAAAGAAAAUAUUGUGUCAAAUGGAGUUUAGAGAAAAUGUAUUCAUGCUGCAGUCGCAAAUAGGAAUUAUAAAAGGAAAGUGAAAGGCCAUAUGCAUUUAAAAAAAAAAAAAAAAAAAAAGUCUAUUUGCAGAAUAUAGAGUAGAAUAUUCACAAAGCUUUGAGACUGACACUGCCCAGUGUCACUGUAAUCUCACAUGCGAGGGAUUAUUCACUGAAGAUCAUCAAAUCUGUUCCUACUAUUCUGACCCACAUUCUCAUCGCGGUUUAUUGUGUUUGGUGGCUGGUUUUUGAAUGUGUCAUUUUUUUCAUGACCUCCAAACCCCAUGCAGCAUAAUAUCUCGAUCACUGGUGUGUUUUUGAUUUGGAAAACCAAUGGUGUGUGAUUGAAUAAUUUAUGAUUACAAGAAUGGUUAUUGUGUUCCAGAAAUAAAUUAUUUUCUUGUUUAAAAA